AUGGCAUAUGACACGUAUAUAUGAUGGUAUCCAGCCUUUCACUAACCAUCAGAUAUUCAGAUGUCUAUGCUAGAAUCACGCAAAUGAAAGGUUCAAGCCAUUCUCCAGGGAUCGAUGUCCACCAGACCACGACCGAUGGAGACACAAUCCUGAUGACAUGCAUGGUAGUGCGGAAACGGCGGCAGGCCGGGAUAGAUCUGCCGACCGUGCCACCGUAUUGUGCCUUUCCUUGCUCUUUCCUCACCUCCUCCUCCACUCUGCCUCUUGCUGAGCUCAUCUUAUCCCUGACACACGCGGCGCCGUUUGUGGAUCGGCUCUCGAGCCUAACAGUAAGCCUGGAAAGGAAAGAAGAGACAGAGUACGGUAGGGGAAGAACUGAGUAGUGGUACUAGUAAUAAAUAGAUCUGGUCAGAAACACCUUGGAGGGAACUACGGAUCCUCCGUCCGGUAGAUUCCUGCUCCUGACGAUGCCGCGCGCUGCCAUAUUCCAGAGGGGGGGGGGGGGGGGGGGGGGGGUGAUUCAUGAAUGGUACAGUAAAUUAAAUCCUUGCCGGAAAGGGAGUUAAAAAAAUGUGGUGGUACUUCCCCUAAUGGCAUAGGGCUCCUCGGAAAAGAUGAGCGGAGGGGCGUCGUACGAGGCCGAGGGAGGGAA